AUGGCGACCAGUGGGGACCCAGAGGAGGAGCAGGUAGUCCCAAGUGAAGAGGAUGAAGCCGACGUGAGGGCCGUGCAGGCCCAGUACCUCCGGAGCCCCUCCCCCAGCCAGUACUCGGUGGUAUCAGAUGCAGAAACAGAAAGCAUUUUCAUGGAGCCCAUACACCUCUCUUCAGCUGUUGCAGCUAAACAGAUCAUCAAUGAAGAAUUCAAGCCACGGGGAAUCAGAGCGGAGGCAGAAUGUCCAGGCAUGCUGGAGUCAGCCAAGCAGCUGCUGGUGGAGGACCUGUACAACCGUGUUAGGGAGAAGAUGGAUGACACCAGCCUAUACAAUACCCCCUGCGUCCUGGAUUUACAGCGGGCCUUGGUCCAAGACCACCAGGAGACCCCCUGGAAUGAGGUGGAUGAGGUCUGGCCCAAUGUCUUCAUAGCAGAGAAGAGUGUAGCUGUGAACAAGGGGAGGCUGAAGAGGCUGGGAAUUACUCACAUCCUGAAUGCUGCUCAUGGCACCGGUGUCUACACUGGGCCCGAAUUCUACACUGGCCUGGAGAUUCAGUACCUGGGUAUGGAGGUGGAUGACUUUCCCGAGGUGGACAUCUCCCAGCAUUUCCGGAAGGCUGCUGAGUUCCUUGAUGAAGCCCUGCUGACCUAUAGAGGGAAGGUCCUGGUCAGCAGUGAAAUGGGCCUCAGCCGGUCGGCCGUGCUGGUGGUGGCCUACCUGAUGAUCUUCCACGACAUGGCCGUGCUGGAGGCCUUGAUGACUGUGCGCAGGAAGCGGGCCAUCUAUCCCAACGACGGCUUCCUGAAGCAGCUCCGGGAGCUCAACGAGAAGCUGAUGGAGGAGAGAGAGGAAGACUACAGCCAGGAAGGGGGGACAGAUGAGGCUGAGGAGGGCGAGGACAUGGAGAGCAACGACGGGGCCAGAGUGCACGGCCUCACGGUGCAGGAGGAGAGCGACACCGCCAGCCUCCUGAGCUGCUCCUCCUGGGGGAAGGCCAGCCGGGCGUCCAAGCCCUUCACCCUCAUCGACGAAGAUGAGGAGGAGAAGCUGUAUGAGGAGUGGAGGAGGGGGCAGGGCCUCCCCCCAAGCAAGGGCCCCCGGGGGGGAAAUGGCGAGCGGCCCGCCUCUGGCCAGGGUAGGGAGGAGCCCGAGGACCGGGCCGUGGACCGGAGGAUCCAGGAGUGGCAGAGCCGGAAUGAGAGGCUGCAGGCGGGAGGGCUUCGGAGGUGGGAGGGGGCGGAGGCCGAGGGGGAGGCCGGCCAGGCCGGCUGGUUCGGGAGGAGAAGGCGGCGGCACACGCUGAGUGAGAGCCGCCCCUCGGAGAGCGUCAGCAGCCGCGACCCCCGGGGCCCGCAGCCGCCGCUGGAGACGAGCGGCCAGGGCGGCAGGCCGACGGGCCGCUCCGACUCAGUGUCCACGGACGGCACGUGGGACAUGUGGACCCAGAGGCUGCUGGAGAUUGAGGAGGAAGCCUCCCGUCGCUACCGCUCUCGGAGCACGACGGAGGGGGCGGCCACGAGCCCGGAGGUGGGGAGCAGCGUGCGAGCGGAGGACCAGGAGAGCGUGUCUUCGGAGGCCUGCUCUUCCUGUAACUUCUGCAGCAGGACCCAGGACAAGCUCACUGCCCUGGAGAGGUGGAAGAUCAAGCGAGUCCAGUUUGGGUUUCACAAGAAAGACUUGGGGACAGAGGACGGCAGCAGUGAGCGAGCCGCCGAGGAGGCGGAGAGGGAGCCGAAGGGCUCCGACGUGGACCUGACGGCCUACCGGGCCUGGAAGCUGGGGCACCAGAAGAAGGUGGGCGGCGACAGCAAGCAGGAGGUGGCGGCGCUCAGCAAGGGGGAGGACUCGGCCUCGGCCACGGCCAAGAAGAGGCAGCGGAGGCUGGAGCUGCUGGAGAGGAGCCGGCAGACGCUGGAGGAGAGCCAGUCCGUGGGCACCUGGGAGGCAGACGGCUCGGCCGCCAGCCCGAGCAUCCCCCGGUCCGCCGUCUGGGCGGCAGCUCCCUCGGUCAGCGCCGAGGACGCGGCCUCAGUCCUCAGCGCCCAGAGCCACGGCUCCCGCCCGUCUCAGGCUGGAAGCCACGCAGGGGGGUGCUGGGCCCCGACCGCCGGCGCGGCGCCGCCUGACCUGCCCGUGGGGCCUGGGGACACCGUCUCCGUCGCCAGCAUUCAGAACUGGAUCGCCAACGUGGUCAGCGAAACCCUCGCUCAGAAGCGAAACGAAAUGCUCCUGCUGUCCCGCUCGCCGACCGCUGCGAGCACCGAGGCGGCGCCGACGGUCCGCGGCCUGGGGGGGGCCCGGGCCCCCUUGCUCAGUGGACGCAGCAGCCCCGCGCCGGGCGGGGGGCCAAGCAAGCCGCUCUACAGCCUCUUCGCUGACAGCGUAGACCUGAAGGAGCUCGGCCGGAAGGAGAUGGCGAUGCAGAUGGACCUGAGGGAGAAGAUGUCCGAGUACAAGAUGGAGAAGCUGGCCUCCGACAACAAGCGAAGCUCCCUUUUCAAGAAGAAGAAGGUCAAGGAAGAGGAAGGUGAUGGCGUGGGUGACAGGGAUGAGGACACCGACAGUGCCAUAGGGAGCUUCCGGUAUUCCUCCCGCGGUAAUUCCCAGAAGCCCGAAACGGACACGUGCUCCUCCCCGGCUGCGUCCUAUCGCUGCGCCAGCUCCGGGAGGGCCGGCAGAGAGAGGCAGGGCAGCAUUACCAAGUGGCUCAGCGGCCUCGGGACAGAGGACAGACCUCCUCCCCCGAGUGACUGGUCUGCAAGCGCCAGGGGCAAGUACACCAGAUCUUCCCUGCUCCGGGAGACCGAGUCCAAGUCCUCGAGCUACAGCUUCUCCAAAUCGCAGUCGGAGGAACAGGACACGUCCUCCUACCAGGAGGCCAAUGGCAACUCUGUAAGGAGCACUUCGCGGGUCUCUUCUUCCUCUACCAGGGAGGGCAGAGCGGUGCACAGAUUCUCCAGGUCAACGUUCAGUGAGACCUCAAGCUCCCGGGAGGAGAGCCCAGAGCCCUACUUCUUCCGCCGGACCCCCGAGCCCUCGGACGGGGAAGAGUCUCCGGAAGCGCAGCGGCCGGACUGGGCCAGGCCCAGGGACUGGGAAGAUGUGGAAGAGUCCUCCAACUCGGACUUUUCUGAAUUUGGAGCCAAGAGGAAAUUCACUCAGAGCUUCAUGAGGUCCGAGGAGGAGGGAGAAAGAGAGAGGAUGGAAAACCGGGAAGAAGGGAGGUUUGCUUCAGGGCGGCGGUCCCAGUAUCGGAGAAGCACUGACAGGGAGGAGGAGGAAGAGAUGGACGAUGAAGCCAUCAUUUCGGCCUGGAGACGCCGGCAGGAAGAGACCAGGACGAAGCUGCAGAGAAGGAGGGAGGAUUGA